UUGGAGCGGGGCCGGGGCCGGGGUGGAGGGUAGCGGCUGGGGAUGGUGCCGUGACAGUGCCGUGACUCCCCGCGGGGGUCCAGGCCGCCCUGCCUGGAUGCGGGGUCAGCGGCCGAGCCCACCCCCGUCCGCGCGGUGACGGGAGCCGGGCUCGCCUCCCCCUCCCCGAGCGGUGAGGGCUGCGGGGGGGGGCCCGGUGUCCCCUCGCCCCCUGCCUGCGGGGCCCCUUUGUUUCCCUGCUGCGGAGGGGAAGGAGGCGAAGGGAAGGGAAGAUGAGCAGCGAGGCGCUGUGGCUUUUCAAGCAGCUGAACCUCCAUCUGGAGCUGGAGGGGCGGUUCCAGCCCCGCGAGAAGGGACUCAGCCUCAUCGAGGGCGCCGCCGAGAAUGAGAACACUCUGUGUCCAAGACAAAGGAAUGCCAAGGUGGAAGAUCUUUGGAGUCUGACCAACUUCUUUGGAUUUGCAACUGAAACGUUUGUUUUGGCUGUCAACAUUCUGGACAGAUUCUUGGCUCUUAUGAAGGUGAAACCCAAGCAUUUGUCUUGCAUUGGAGUUUGCUGCAUGCAGCUGGCCGCCCGUGUGGUGGAGGAGGAAUGCAAUAUCCCAUCUGCUCACGAGAUCAUCCGGAUCAGCCAAUGUAAAUGCACUGUGUCCGACCUGAAACGGAUGGAAAAGAUAAUUUCAGAAAAGUUGCACUUUGAAUUUAAAGCUACUACUGCCUUAACCUUCUUGCACUUGUACCAUACUAUUGUACUCUGUCAUACCUCAGAAAGGAAAGAAGUGUUGAAUCUGGACAAGUUGGAAGCACAGCUGAAAGCUUGCAACUGCCGUCUAGUGUUCUCAAAAGCAAAACCAUCUGUCCUGGCCUUGUGCCUUCUCACUCUGGAAGUUCAGGCUCUGAAAUCUGUUGAGCUGUUGGAGAUCCUUCUGCGUGUUCAGAAGCAUUCAAAGAUAAGUGAUAGUGACCUGCUUUACUGGAGGGAGCUGGUCUCUAAAUGCCUGGCAGAUUAUUCUUCUCCUGAAUGCUGCAAGCCUGAUCACAAAAAACUGGUUUGGAUUGUUUCGAGGCGUACGGCCCAAAACCUACAAAACAGUUACUACAGCGUUCCCGAGUUGCCAACGAUCCCGGAGGGUGGAUGUUUCAAUGGAAGUGAGAGUGAAGACUCCUGUGAAGACAUGAGCAGCGGGGAAGAAAGCCUUAGCAGUUCUCCUCCGAGUGAUCUGGAAGGCACCUUCUUCUUUGAACUCAAACCUAAACCCAAGUGGCAAACUCUCAGCUGUCACUCUUAGCACUGAGUCUGGAUUGUAUUAGGCUGAAGUGUUGAUUGCACCAUAGAGUCUUUUGGCAAUAAUAAAUGAGGUGGUGAUCUGUAAACUGUA